AGGCAGGAGUGACUGGAGUGACCAAGCUGCCUGGACAAACUCUUUGGUAGUCUGCAUCCUCCUUGUCACCAUUACCUGGGCUGGACCAGAGGUCUCCCCCUCCCCAAGCGAGUGGCAAAGCUCCAGGCCCUUCCUUGAAAAGGUGCCCACGGUCAGGUGGGGAGAUGCCAGAGGGAUGGAACAUCUCUUCUGACAGCCUGGAGCUUCAAGCAGCAGGGAUUAUUGUGCCCAUCAUCUUCUCCCUCAUCUUCCUCGUGGGUACUGUGGGGAAUGGGCUGGUGCUGGCUGUGCUGCUGCAGAAUGGCCAAGUCAAGUACAACACCACCAACCUCUUCAUCCUUAACCUGGCCAUGGCAGACUUGUGCUUCAUCAUCUGCUGUGUCCCUUUCCAGGCCACCAUUUACACCUUGGAUGGGUGGCUCUUUGGGGCCUUUGCCUGCAAAGCUGUUCAUUUCCUGAUCUACCUCACCAUGUAUGCCAGCAGCUUUACCCUGGCUGCCGUCUCCAUUGACAGGUACUUGGCCAUUCGCUAUCCACUGAAGUCCCGCGACCUCCGCACCUCCCAAAACGCAGGAAUGGCCAUUGCAGCAAUCUGGUCACUGUCGCUGCUCUUCGCAGGGCCUUACCUCAGUUACUACCAGAUAAUCCACUACCAUGGUGUGCCCAUCUGUGUCCCCAUCUGGGAGGACCAGCGCCGAAAGGUUCUGGACAUCCUCACGUUUGUCUUUGGAUAUCUCCUGCCCGUGAUUGUGGUGAGCCUGGCGUACAUUAGGACUGUCAAGUUCCUGUGGACCUCAGUAGACCCCAUAGAAAGAAUCUCAGAGUCCCGGAAGGCCAAGCGUAAGGUCACCAAGAUGAUUGUGGCUGUGGCCAUCCUGUUUUGCCUCUGCUGGCUGCCACACCACCUGGUCAUCCUCUGCUUCUGGUUUGGCCACUUCCCCUUCAACCGAGCCACUUACAUUUGCCGCCUGGCUUCCCACUGCCUGUCGUACACCAACUCCUGCCUCAACCCCAUUGUCUACGCCCUCAUCUCCAAGCAUUUCCGCAAGCGUUUCAAGCAGGUCUUCACCUGCCUCUUCUUCCAGAACAAGACCAGGAAGAAGAGGAAGAGAGUUGGAAGGGAAUUCCGUAUGGUCAGUGUGGACAGAGGUUUCAUCGACAGCACCAGAGGUUUCUAUGGAGGCAACAUUGAGGUGACCCAGGUCCCAGAAGACACCAGGAAGAGGGACCGUGAAGGUGCCAGUCAUGCCAGAGCAUGGACUCAGCAGCUUCAAGAUGCCAUGGUCUCUGUUAAAAAGGGGAUACUGGAGGAGGAACAUUUGGCAACAGCUUGCCAUUCCCUAGACAUGACCACUCUAAGAGGAACUCAGGAGUUUCUGACUGUUCACCACAGAUGAACAAAGUGAAGAAACACAUUUUCCAGACAGUGAGUAGCCACUCUAUUCCCAAACAGGCCAAAUAAUGUGAGGCAGAGGGGAAUGGAUGCAGCAGAGCCACCAAAAGAUCCUGUGGCAAUGGUAAACCCAUUGCCCCACUCACCUUCACUCGCUGGCCCACAGCAUUCACCUAGGAAUGUCACAAUCCACCUAACCAGAUGCAGAAUGGAAGGACACGUUAAUAUGAUGUCAAGUAACCUGAGCAGCAUUCCGGGAACACAUUUUAAGGACUCCAUUUCUCAACUUCCUAACUUGCUAAUUUUGUGCAACAAUUUGAAACUCUGAGAGGGAGGAAACCAAAAUGAAAAUAUCCUGGUAGGAAAUCCAGGCUGUUAAGGUCACAUCAGAGCACGGGUGGGAAGAGUGGAGUUCACAGGGAAAUGAGUCUGAAUAGAGUAGCUGGCAGCCUUUCUUCCUGAGAGCCCCAAGUGGAGAAACACUGUCCCCUGCCCACAUGCCCGUCUUUUCCUAUGUGCCAGGGGCAGCCUUCAUCCACCUCUGUCCCCUUCCCUCGCCUCUGCAUCCAGAUCAAAGGACCUUUGGCAAUACUGACUGGUGCACAAGGAAGUCGGCUGUCUGUGCCAACGGCUCGAUGACACAAUCU